CGCUGCAAGUUCUGGCCUGGGCAAGCUUGGUCUCGGGAUUCAGACUGGGAACAGCUGUGACGAUGUUACGUCGUGGCUCCCGACGCCUUUGCUGUCUGCGCGCUGCUUUCCGGUCCCUGGCUCAGACCAACCACCGGAGCGUCACCCUCUGCAUCGAUCCUUCCGUGGGACUAAAUGAAGAACAGAAAGGAUUUCAGAAAGUGGCCUUUGACUUCGCUGCUCGGGAAAUGGCUCCCAAUAUGGCGGAGUGGGAUCAGAAGGAGCUGUUCCCUGUGGAUAUGAUGCGGAAGGGAGCACAGCUGGGUUUUGGGGGGGUCUACGUACAAACAGAUGUGGGUGGGUCUGGACUGUCUCGCCUCGAUGCUUCUGUCAUCUUUGAAGCAUUGGCCACCGGCUGCACCAGCACCACUGCCUACAUCAGCAUCCACAACAUGUGUGCCUGGAUGAUUGAUAGCUUUGGAAAUGAGGAACAGAGGCACAAAUUUUGCCCACCGCUCUGUACCAUGGAGAAGUUUGCUUCCUACUGCCUCACUGAACCAGGGAGUGGGAGUGAUGCUGCAUCUAUUCUAACCUCAGCCAAACGACAAGGAGAUCAUUACGUCCUCAAUGGUUCCAAGGCCUUUAUCAGUGGCGGUGGUGAGUCAGACAUCUAUGUGGUCAUGUGCCGGACUGGAGGAUCAGGCCCCAAAGGCAUCUCCUGCAUAGUCGUUGAGAAGGGAACCCCUGGACUUAGCUUUGGCAAGAAGGAGAAGAAGGUGGGGUGGAACUCACAACCAACCCGAGCAGUGAUCUUUGAAGACUGUGCUGUCCCUGUGGCCAACAGAAUUGGGAGUGAGGGGCAGGGCUUUCUCAUCGCCAUGAAAGGACUGAACGGCGGAAGGAUCAAUGUUGCAUCCUGUUCUCUUGGGGCUGCUCAUGCUUCAGUUAUCCUUACGCAAGAGUACCUCAAGGUCCGGAAGCAGUUUGGAGCGCCGCUAGCCAGAAACCAGUACCUGCAAUUCCAGUUAGCAGACAUGGCCACCAAGCUGGUUGCCUCUCGGGUGAUGAUUCGCAUGGCAGCAGUGGCUUUGCAGGAGGAACGGGAAGACGCAGUGGUCCUGUGUUCCAUGGCCAAGCUCUUUGCUACAGAGGAAUGCUUUACUAUCUGCAACCAGGCUGUGCAGAUGCAUGGGGGCUACGGCUACCUGAAGGAUUAUGCUGUUCAACAGUAUAUGCGGGACUCCAGGGUCCACCAAAUCCUAGAAGGUAGCAAUGAAGUAAUGAGGAUACUGAUCUCUCGAAGCCUGCUUCAGGACUAGCUCCCAAACUGGAGACUCAAGCGUGGAGUUCAUGGGCAGCCAUAAUCAAUGUUGAGUGCCCAUACAGGCUGUCCAGUUGCUAAUGGAUCCUGCCGUAGAUUGAAGGGCCGCGCUCGUCUGAUAGAGGACCUGAACACUCAGCAGCAGUGCUGGCUCUAAGAUAGGAACAGGGUUCUCAGCAGAGCUGAAAGGGCCCUGAGGAGCCAUACCAGAAGAUCUGCCACCCUGCUGUCCUCGUUCUGGGAAGGAGCAGUCAGCACUGUGGCUUGGAUCCACAUAAUAUACGUUUUAUUAAUUCUUGACCUAGGGUCUGGGUACUUCAAUGAAACGUUUCCUGAUUGCAGAGGCAGUGUGGGAGGCAAGGGCAGCGGACAGCCUGUCUCUUUCUGUUCUCUGUUCUACACCGACCGUGUCUCAGGACAGCAAUCCUGAACUCAGAUCAUGAUGAAGUGAAUUAUCUGGGAACUACUGCUAAGCUAUGAAUUGAGGUGCACACUCCUGCUAUCAUGUCAUAAAUGUCAAGGGCUGAGGUUAUUUGGAACAUUUGGAUUUUUAUAUGGGCUUUUAUUUCCUCUUUUGGGGCUGCUUAUCUUUUUAAAUACUUCUAUUAGUACCUUGGUAAAUAAAAUCUACCUCUUCUCUGUCCUUCAACUAUAAAUUAAAACUAUACUUGAUUCAGUAUAUAUUCGAUUCAAUAUUCCAUUGGAUUUGGGGAUAAUUAUAUAUUUGAUUCAGUAUUUUAUUGGAUUUUGGAAUAAUUAGGAAUCUCUCCUAAGGCAGUUUGUCUUUUAAAAAGUACAUCUUUUAAUUAAUAAUUUUGCAAACAGCAUUCAUUAUUCGUCAUAUAUGGAAGUCUAUCUAUUACUCAAUGAUUAGGACUUUGGGGAAAACCCUGCUACAUUAUUUAAUCCAUCUUUUGAUAUUUAGAAAAGAAAAAUGUCCAAUAUAUUGUGUCAACCACAAGUCGCUGAUUAUAGAAGAAGAUGUAUGUCUGUAGCUAUACUAGACAUUUGCUUUCCUGAAGGCUUACUCUGUCUGAACUUGUGCAUGGGGAGCAAGGUGUGAUUCAGAGUUGAAAAUGAGAUUCUGCUGCCCACAGUUGGACUUGCCAGAGCUGGGUGUAAUCCUUGGGCACAGCGUCUGUACAGAUGGAAUAGCCUGGGAAGAAGGCAGAAAGAGGUGCGCAGAGAAGGUAAAAACCCAGAUACACUUCUACGAAGAUGGCUAAUGUUGAAAGGGAGGCUGUUCUACAGAAGCAGCCAGGAGAGGGCAUAUAAGACUUGUGUGGGCAGUGUUGUAUUUGUGUUCAUCGCCCUUGGGAUUGGCAUGAAACAGAAACUAUAUUUAAGUGUGGAUAGAAAGAUGAAUAAAGAUGGGUAGAAGUUUA